GAGUGUGUGAGAGAAGCUGUGACAGCGCUCAUCACCCACUGAACAACCAGGACGGGUUGCAUCCGAGCAAUCGCUGUCAUUCGCAGACGGAGUUUACAGCCUUUGCGCCGCUUUUUCUUUCGAUCUUUUUUCCGCUGCGCCCCCUCCCUCUCCCGGUGCUGCCCAGCCAGUCGACCAUGGUUUCUAUAAUUUCAGACCUGGACCCUCUGAAAAGCUGGAACGUUUUAAGGCAGGACGCCAGUGACCUCUCCGGACCAAUACAAAGUAACGGCACCGCCGGAAAGAUGAACGGGGCACUGGAGCAUUCGGAUCAGCCAGACCCGGAUGCCAUCAAGAUGUUUGUGGGCCAGAUCCCGCGCUCUUGGUCAGAGAAGGAGCUGAAGGAGCUGUUUGAGCCGUAUGGAGCAGUCUACCAGAUCAACAUCCUCCGAGAUCGCAGCCAGAACCCUCCACAGAGCAAAGGCUGCUGUUUUGUCACGUUUUACACAAGGAAAGCUGCCCUUGAAGCCCAGAAUGCACUGCAUAACAUAAAGACCUUAACAGGGAUGCACCACCCUAUCCAGAUGAAACCUGCAGACAGUGAGAAAUCUAAUGCUGUUGAAGACAGGAAGUUGUUCAUCGGCAUGGUGUCGAAGAAGUGCAACGAGAACGACAUCCGGGUCAUGUUCUCUGCGUUUGGACAGAUCGAAGAGUGCCGGAUCCUGCGAGGGCCCGAUGGGCUUAGCAGAGGAUGUGCGUUUGUCACGUUUUCCACCAGAGCCAUGGCACAGAAUGCAAUCAAAGCCAUGCAUCAGUCUCAGACUAUGGAGGGCUGCUCGUCUCCCAUUGUGGUGAAGUUCGCUGACACGCAGAAGGACAAGGAGCAGCGGCGUCUGCAGCAGCAGCUGGCGCAGCAGAUGCAGCAGCUCAACAGUGCGACCACCUGGGGGAGCCUGACGGGCCUGGGCGGCCUCACUCCGCAGUAUCUGGCUGUAAGGGCCGCCGCCGCGUCGCCCACCAUCACCACCACCUCCACCCCUUACUGCAGCCCCAUGGCCGACGCAGCCGCAUUGCUUCAGCAGGCGACCUCCUCUGGUAACCUCGGAGCCUUCAGCGGGAUCCAGCAGAUGGCCGGUAUGAGUGCUCUGCAGUUGCAGAACCUGGCCACUUUAGCAGCAGCAGCAGCGGCGGCCCAAAACUCAGCCAGCCCCUCCACCGCAAACCCCCUGUCCUCCAACGCCGCCUCCCUGGGAGCAUUGGCCAGCCCAGCAGCAGGCACCACAGCCAGCUCCAACGCCAGCGCCAUGAACUCUCUGACCUCUCUGGGCACCCUGCAGGGCCUGGCAGGCGCAACUGUGGGCCUGAACAACAUUAAUGCACUAGCAGUUGCUCAAAUGCUCUCAGGUAUGGCGGCUCUAAAUGGAGGCCUGGGCGGCGCAGGGCUCACCAAUGGGACGGCAGGCACCAUGGACGCGCUGACGCAGGCUUACUCAGGGAUCCAGCAGUACGCCGCCGCAGCGCUGCCCACCCUCUACAGCCAGUCCCUGCUGCAGCAGCAAGGGGCUGCCGGCAGCCAGAAAGAGGGUCCAGAAGGUGCCAACCUCUUCAUCUACCACCUGCCCCAGGAGUUCGGAGACCAGGACAUACUACAGAUGUUCAUGCCUUUUGGAAACGUGGUCUCGGCCAAAGUAUUCAUCGACAAACAGACAAACCUUAGCAAGUGCUUCGGCUUCGUCAGCUAUGACAAUCCGGUGUCGGCCCAGGCAGCCAUUCAGGCCAUGAACGGCUUCCAGAUCGGUAUGAAGCGGCUGAAGGUGCAGCUGAAGCGCUCCAAGAACGACAGCAAACCAUACUGAUCUUAGCACUAGGGUCUAUCUGCUCCCCCUGUUAGCACUGCUAGGAACAACCCAUCUCCAUGCCUGUUAGCUCAUCGUUUGCCUAGCAUGUCUUCGUGGCGUCCCAAAAAAAAGAAACAAAAAACUUUAAGCAAAUGAAACAAAAAAAAAUUAUAUAUAUACAUAUAUAUACCCACCCAAAAAAAAGAGAAAAUAAGUGUCAUCGUCCUCCCCGUCAUUAUAUUUUCUGAUGUCUUUUCCGAGCUCACCUGACCAUAACUUGGUUCUCCUCCUCCUCCGCCGCCGCCUACUGACCUUUUUGAACUUUUGGCUUUUUUGGACAUUUUAAUGAUUCUUUUUUUUUCUUUCUUUUUGUUCUUAUUUUUGCAUGUGACCUCAUUUGGAUCUGUUUCAGGGAGGGAGGCAAUUAGUGGGGUGUGGGUAAGAAAAAUGAAUCAAUGUGAAAAAGAUAUAAAGCUGCAUUCAUAUGAAAAACAAACAAAAAAAAGACUGAGAUUUUUAUGGAAAAACAAAUGUUCUUUUUGGAGAAAAACAACAACCUGUGGCAAAGUGAUUACCAUUCAGUAUGUUUUCUUGCAUUUUUUUAUUUUUUUUCUUCUUUAUGUCAAGUUUUUUUUUUUUUUUUUUUUUCCUGCUUCAUUUAAAGUAAACUUGAAAGUUCACUACAGGAAUUGGCGCGUUAUCUUGCUUCUGGUGGCCAAUGUAUUUAAAAAAAAAAAAAAAAAAAAAAAAAAAAAAAAAAAAACGGGCAAGAAGAGGUCCGCGCCAGUUUCUCGGAGAAAUAAGACUACUUCCAAACAGUUUUGAAUAAAAACUGUCUGAUCAAUAUUAGACUCUCUCAGAGCUCUCUAAUAGUUUUUACAUUUUUCAGGCAGUGUAAAGUUUUUUGAUAAGGCCAUUUUAAGUGGCUCUGUUUCUCAUUCAAAGUCUAUAUAUAGAACCACUUUUUUCUAGAGUAGUAUAAAGGUAAAAAUAAAAAAAGACAUUUGCCCUGUUUGGGGGGGAGAAAUGCUACCUACUUGUGUCACCUUUUGCUGAACUGACUCACAGAUAGACAAUCCGUGGUUUAAAUGCACAUGAUGAAAUGACCUAUAUUUUCUACUGUUUAAAUGUAUAGAGGAAAAAAGAGAAAAAAAAACUAAGAUAUCUGUAACCCGCGUUAACGUUGGUGCUUCUCGUGAGUUUAGUUGUGGUUUCAUCACAAGUCUAACGGUCUUAAAUGUCUCAUGUUUUUCAAGAGAAGACUAAAAAAUCAGUUUACUUGAACAAUAGACAAAAAGCCUUUCAUAUUACUAUAAUAGUUACUUUGUUGUUUUUUUUUAUUAUUCUUUUUUUCCUUUUUUCUUUUUUUUUUAAGGAGUCCCUAUUUGCUAAAUUUCUUGUUGGUUGAUUAGCUAUAUAAAAUUCCUAAAAAUAUAUAUAAAUAUAAAUAUAUCUAUAUAUAUAAUGUCAGCUUGUGAAGCAUCAAUGUCAUUAUUAUUUUAUUUCUCUCGUGGGAAACAAUAUUUAGAUGUGUUUUGUUGUUCAGCAAAAUGUCUUAUAAAGAAAAAAAGACAAGAUCAGUGGAGUUUAGUGCCAAAUUCUGAAGGUACUUCCUGCCUAGCGCGUCAGUGUAUUUCUUGUGAAAUUAUUUGAUAACAUGGGUAUUUUAUUAUAAGUGUUUUGUAUGGAUCCCUCAUAUUUAAAAUAUAGAUUUAAAAAAGAGUUUGUUAACUUGCUAUUCUGUGGUCUUGUUGCCUGAAAAUGUCAUGUUUGCUUUUUUUCUUUGUAAAGAUGUAAAAAAGUGCCCAUGUGUCACAUAUAUAUAUAUAUAAUAUAUAUAAAUAUAUAUCUAAACACAAACACAUACACACAUGGACACACACACACACACACACACUCUCGUGCAGACCUCACGGUUUACUUUGUUAUUGUGCAUGAGAGCCCCUGAGCGUGAAACCCUCUUCAGCAACUUCUACCGCCCGCCAGCGUGCACACAUACACACACAAACACACAAGAAUUACACACUUGAUAUUUUUAGCCAUUGUACAGCCGUCUCAUUUAUCAAAGCCUUACCACAGAUCUUUGCACUCCUGUUCUCUCUCUAUUAGUAUCUCGCACACACAGACACAAGCGUCAGGCUUCAGCGUGUGUUGUUUGCUUUCUGCAUCACGCUCCUCAGCUGAAGAAAAUUGAGGUGAGAGUCAUACGCAAAGCCUUAUUUCUCCAAAUCCUCUUCUUAUCCCUGUUUGUUCCAUUGAAAACAUUUCAGAGUCGACGCCGUUUGUUUCUGACGCCGAGGAUCAUUACUGUUGUGUUUCACCUCCGACAAGCGCUCGCUUUCAUGAUGUAAGCACAGGGCAAGACAGGCUCAUUCUGCCUCGAUCUUUUGAGGAAAAAGCACACGCCGAAGCGGUCGGACAUUCAGAGGAAAGAGGGCGGAUGAUCUGGAUUUUGCCGCUUUUUUAAACUCUUUGUUUUUUAUUUUUGUUUUGUUUUUUUAAUAAGUAGUUGUAAGAUUUCUCCAUGUGUAAGUGUUGUGGUUUUAAUGGGCCAAAAUCAUGUUUAGAUGCCAAAGUGUAUAAUUGACGUUCUCAUAGUCAAUCCGUUUACAUGGCACAGUGUUGUCAGUCUAGUCAACUGCCCCCACUCCCCCUCCCUGAAAGCCUAGUUUACGGUCUGCAAAAAAUAAAAAAAUAUAAAAACUAUUAAAGAAGAGGCAGCAUUAUUUUCUACAGGAGCUCACCAGUCGCCUUAACCAGGGAGUGUUGUACCAGUAUUAUAAGAGUAGAAGAUGUUGUCAGUCAGUGACGUGUGCCAAGUCCAGGUUCACUUUUGUGUGCAAUUAACCUCCCACUUUGUCUGGGUUUCACUCUUCCUCCAUUUUGUCCACUCGGCCGGAGCAGAAAGAAAUCGAAGGUUUGAAGGAUGCUGCUCCGCUCCUCAGUUGUUGUCUCCCAGGCUAACCAGGUUUAUUAGAAGCAGGGCCAUGUGGAGGAACGUCUUAUUGGAAUAGCGACAGGGGAAAUAAAGUGCUUGUUGUUUGUAGAGGAAGAGGUCACGUCCGCAGGUCCACGCAGACAAAACAACAGCCAGAGCUGAGAUGAAGGCAAUACAGCUUUCAUUAUAUCCACUGUAAGACCAAACCCUAACUUUAUCUGAUCUCAUGAAGGGAGGCAAGCAGACUCUUUUUUUUUCUUUUCUUAAUGCAGUAUACGUGAGCCACUAACAGCCAUAACUUGUUUGAAAGGUGGCCAGUCCGAUUAAAGGCCCCACAUGUGUGCAGGUUAAACCCACGCAGAGUUAAAAUCUUUGCAACUGCACAUUUCGUAUCUUCACCUCACUCGCAUGCGAUUCUUUUUGUUUUUAAGUGUGGAGGCUACAUUUUCUGUGCCGCUCGAGUCGCUGCGCAGCACACGGCUGUUUGUCGUUUUAAAAGAUUUUAACUAUCCCAAAAGCUACGUUCGUAAAUUGCCAAAUCGCACCGACUUGCACUCAGUCUCACGUGAAACAUCGUGUCAUUGUUUUAAUGUCAAAGCACAAGAGGGUCGUAGAAGCAGAAGCGGAGUUUCUGUGAAGCGGCUCACCUCAGGGGCUGUCAUCGCCGAUGCUCGUUGUAAUCUUUCUAUCUUGUCACUGUUCACUUCUCUGUUCUUCUUUCUUAAUUAUCUUAAGUGCUAUUUAUCGAACAAUGAAAUCUGAAAGGAAAAAAAAAAAAAUCAAACUUGUCGUUUCUUUGCAUUAUGGCCUAUGUCGAGUUUUUUGAGGAAAAAAUGUUUUGUGUGUUCUCUCUUUCCGUGGCGUAAAAAAGAGCUUGUUGUCUGUAGAAAUGAUCAAUUUUUUUUUCUUGUUGCUGUUGUUGCUUUAUCUUUUAAUUCUCAAAGGUUUUCAGUAGUUUAUUGUCUUGAGAGAAGCCAAAGUCAAUGCAUUUCAGUGGAUCCUGUAAGUGUGAUGUAUGUUUGUUUGACAACACUUCGAAAUCUGUCACUGGAUGGGAUUUAAAAAGUACAAAAAAUGCAGGCUUUCCUAUUUCUACAACUGAUUGUACUUAUGCAUUUUGUACCAGUGGAAUUUUUUAUACUGGAGAUUAAAGGAUACAACAAAAAAAAAAAAAAAUCUUAGAAAAAAAGCUGUCUGGCCUGGUGGUGUGGCCUGACUCUGACUGGUCCACGAGUAUGAUUUCUAGCUGGCAUCAAGAGAGUUGGCUUUUGAUAUAAGAUUUUCUAGAAGAUCUUUGGCUUUAUUUCUUUCACUUCUUUUUCCUCACUUGAGUGUUCUUUCUUUCUACCUUCCUUUCUUGCUUUCGUUCUUUCUUUUGUUUUUUGUUUUUUUCCAGAGACUAAGGCUAGGUGAGUGUCAGGUCUUUCUUUUUUUUUUCUUCUUUUUUGCUUUAUAAAUAGUUCUAGCAAGUUUGUCUGUACAACAGCGGUAAGUUUCAUUUGACUUCUGUAUUGUGCCGUCUACACGAUAAGACAAUUAUAGAAAAAGAAGGAAUAGAAAUAUUUAGUCACCUUCAGUGGAUUAAUGUAUUAGUUUAAUGAAGAGAUCAACUAAUUAGAAACUUUUGCUUUUAGCUGUUUAGAUUUUUCCGGUUUCUCUGUCCUUCUCUGUGAACUAACUGUGUAGCUGAAGCAGUCAGAAUUAUUUUUGUAAACGUAUGUUCUUGUGUGAUGCAGUUUUUUGCUUCUGUCUCCUAUAUUAAACCAUUUUUCCUAA